AUGAAGUUUUCUAGCAACUUAGUAACAUCGAGCGAUGCGAUGAGAGGUAUCAACUUCAGAUGGCGUACGUUCUUCUUGGCAUGGGGAUUCGUUUACGCUUUCUUCGUGGUACCGUACUGGCUUUUACCUUCUAAAAAAUAUGAAUCCAGUAUGUUUUUAGACGUUUGUCUUAAUUUUUUGUUACCUUUUCUAGUUUUAACUUUUUGACUAAUGAUUGACGAUCGUUUGUGUCAUAGUCAAAAUUUAAUACCUCACAGUGUAGGAAAAUUUUUUCGUGAAGCUAAAAUGCAAUUUUUAAAUUUCGAAAUGUUAUUCGUUGGGUUUGUCUGAUUACGUUUGUUUUAGUACCAUUUAUAAGCCGAGCAAACCGACUAGGUGCUCUAAAUGACACUUCUAAUACAACUGAUGAUUUCACAUAUAGAAUCAGUUACAAAGGGCAAACGUUGGUAGUAAAACGUAUUUUAACUGAUAUAUCUAUGCCAUCGUUGAAGGAGCGGCUGACACCACCAUCAAACGGUAUGUUAAUAUUAUUUUAAUGGGUCUUCUAUAAUAUUAAAGUUGGAGUGUUGUGCAUUAAAACAGAAUAUUUUAAGUUAUCUAUUGUUGUGUUAACCAAUUUCUAUCAUAAUAAAUAAAACGUCUUCUAGGUUCUAAGAAGCGCUACAUUUUGUCAGAAUCUGAUUUCAGAGAAGGUAACAUGGGUGGAUGUCCAGACUUUAACUGUGAAGUACAUUCUGCGCCUGAUAAGAACGUGGUGGGUUACUUAUUUUGCUUUUUUAACUUUAGGUAUAAACUGCUCUUAUUUCUUAUUUUUCAUGGGAUGACGUCAUUACUACGUAUUACGCUAUAACUUGGCUUCAGGUAUACGAUGCCGUGAUCAAUGUAAAAAAUGUGAAAACGAAUUAUCGUGUCUUUUCGACACAAGAAAGUCCACAGAAUUCACAAGACUUUGCUGAUGCCAACUACAAUAUGAGUAUUGGCUUCAGACACGACAGUCCAGUUUCUUCACCGUACGGCUACGCUGCGGAGCUGGCUCAGCCAAGGAAGUUUGAGGAUGUAGUUAACAUCGCCAGUGUGAAGAAUAAGACCAAAGGAGCCAUGUGGUUGGUCAGUCAUUGUGGGACUAGUAGCAGAAGAGAAGCACUGGUGGACCAUUUAAAGGUGGGUCAGUUUGUUUUGACAUUACCUUUCAACGGGUUUUGACGUAUAUAGUAAAUUACGAUUAUUUACAAAAACAUUGCUUUAUGUUUCAGCUUUUUUUGUUAUUUACUAAAAAGAAAACAGGAAACACGGAACAAAAAGUGACAUUUCAUUUCUGUGAUUUAAUAUUAUGUUUAUACUAUUGUUUUUAGGAAUAUAUCGAUAUUGACAUUUUGGGGGCAUGUGGUAAGCCGUGCGCUAAAGGUGGUGAAUGCGAGUCUACAAAAGAGUAGGUAUCUGUAAUAUUCUAAUACGAUUACUUUCACUAAUAUUAAUCUUCCGCUUUUGAAAAUACAUUAACAUACCUAGUAGUAAUUUACAUUUACAUGCCUACCAAGUAAAGUACUGUUUGCUUAGUCAUUGUUUAUAUUGUUUUACUUUAGUCAUCAUUUUUACUUGGCUGUGGAAAACAGUAUUUGCAAGGACUACAUAACCGAGAAGUUGUGGGGUACAGGAUUCAAGGACGAUGUGAUACCAAUCGUUCUGAAAAGGUCAGUAGUAGAAGCGUAUGUUCCUCCAAAGUCGGUAAUAGCAUUCGACGACUACAACUCGAUAGAAGAGAUGGGGAAACACUUGCAGGAGCUGCUGCACGACAAGGAAAAGUUUUUGUAGGUUUACGUUACAAAUUCUGAAUGUUUUGGUCAAAAAGUACACAGAACAAUUAUGUCUUGACAUUUCAUAUCUGUUUCAGAGACUACUUCAAAUGGCGAGAAAACUAUGCCGUGAUCUACUUGGACGGCCUAACGCACGAUGUCCUGGAACGGCCAUGGGGAAUUUGCCAACUGUGUCGACUAACACAUCUUGACCCUCUACCAGAGUAUCGUAUCACGGACAUGAAGAAACACUGGACAAACACGUGUGAAUCAGGCGUCGCAUUAGUGGAUCGACUAACAAAAACGGGUUAA